AUGAGGCAAGCCGAACAGCAAAAACAACUAUACAAACAGUACAUAUCUGGAACUAUUUAUUUGCCACAUGUCUGCGGAGAAUGAGAAUGUGCAUCAUAGUCUUUUAUAAACAAACAUUUAAUAAACAAUCGUUAGCGAAACAAAUUCAGUUGAUGCGAAAACAAGAGUUCUCUCUUGAUUGCAAGUCAUAGACAAAGAGACGUCGGCAACGACAAAACUGUGAUCAUUAUUAGUGGUGCGAGUGGUGAAGUAAUCAUCAUGAACGGCAGCUCUGCGGCAACUACUCCAGUGCUACACAAAUUGUCUUCCCUAAAGCCGGCACGCGAUUUAACAUUAGGUGGACGUGGUGGUAGCGCCGGCGCUAAUGCAGCGAAAAAGGUUUUCACGCCCAACCUCAAUGUGGUGCGCAACAAGAACACCAAUGUAAAAACAUCCAAAGACACUACAGCGCGUGGUGGUCGCGGCGGGGGGCGCGGUGCGCGAGGUGGACGUGGUGCCGGCACAGGGGCACGUGGUGGACGUGGUGGUGUUGCUGGAGGCACUAAUUCAGCACUAAUACAAACCACUGGUGUAUUCUCAGAAGGUGCCGGUGCUAUAAAUAUACGAAAAACUAGUUCAAGUGGCGGCGGUUUCGGUGGUCGUUCUGCCGAUGAUGCACCUUCACAAAUGCGUCGGCCAACAAUUAUAAAACAGGAAAAUUUAAAAAAAUUCGAUUUGAAAGCUGAUGAAGAGCAUGUACGUGAAUUACUUGGUGAUACAGAUGAAGAUGAUUUCGGAGAUGAAAAGACUGAUUUGGAGCAGAUACCGGUCAAAUUGAAUGAGGUUAAGUGGAAACCCUCUAAAGUUGAAGUUAAGCUUGAGAAAGUAGAUGUUGACAUGAAUGGUGAAGCUGCUGAAAAUGUUGAAGAUCCUGAAUCCGCUGUCUUAAUUGCACAAAGAAUGCAAUCGCUGGCUGUCAAAGAGCAGCAGCAGCGCACAAAUAGUGCCUUGUCGCGAUAUCCAGUUUCCGUUGAUCAACUGCUAGACCUGCCACAAUCACAGCUAUUACUAUUACAGCUGCCAGACGCUUUACCAUGUGAAGACGAUGUGGAAGAAGUUGCUGGGAAAACACUACAUGAAAAGAACUCAGUUGCGGAUACACCGUCCACUUCACAAAAUUCACCUGCUACUAAACCACCAACGAAAAGUUUAUCGCUCAAAGAAAUGGAAGAGGGUAAAAUUGGUAAAUUGCUACGAUAUAAAUCGGGAAAAGUAAAACUAGUAUUCGGUAAUACAUAUUUCGAUUUGAAUAUGGGCAUGGAAACGGGUUUCCUGCAAGAACUCAUGUCGAUCAAUACAAAUCGAGAAGAGCGUAGCGGUAACAUGAUUAAUCUGGGACCCAUACAAGCCAAACUCACGGCCACACCCGACUGGGAACAUUUAAUGGAACAGGAGGAUCGACGGCAGCGUUCAAAACCUGCAUAGCAUUGCAAACGUUUUAGUUGCUUUUGCUUAAAAUUAGUUAUAUAUUUUUUGUUUAGCAACUACUUAUAAGUUAUACUAGAACGUAUUAAAUGCUCACCGGAAUAAGCAUAAUUUGUGAAAUUAGCUUAGCAAAGGCGUUAGAAAUGUAUACAAAAUGUAUCCUAUUUUUGUAAUAUACUGUAUAAAUUAAAAAAAAA